AGCGCGCAGGCUUUUCGGCAACUAAAAGAAAUGGCGGACGCUGCAGACGGAACCAUGGAAGACAUUAUGGACCGACCCACAACCCAGGUCCAUGAAGACAGUGAUCUCUCUACAUCUGCUAGACUUGCGCAGAUGGCUGGAAUGCCUAUCUCAGCCCCUCCCCCUCCGCCCUCCCUUGGACUUGGUUUCCCUUUGAGCUUAGCCUCUCGCACAAAUCCCGAUUCUGAAGCCAGUAAACCACAACAAGGGCCACCAUUAUCUCUGCAAACUGAUGGACAUCCAAAGACACCUCUUUCGGAUCAAGAAAGCUCUUCCCAGCGGCCCUUACUUUUGCCUCGAGGUAACCUUCCUAUUGCUUCCUCUAUUCCCCCACUGCUGCCCACCAUCACCAGGCCCCGUGCUACCACCCAAGCCUCUAAUGAUGAUUCAAGAGAAAUGGAAGAUUCUUCCAUUGGUCCAAAGAUUCCACAGGUCCUUGAGAAGAUUCUUCAACUGAAGGAAAUAAGACAAGAAGAAAUGGUGCCAGUGACCACAGAAGAGGAAGAUGAUUCUGAUGCUCGUCAGAUUUACACAGCAUCAGAGACAGAAGAGGAAAUCACUACCCCAACCAAAAAAGAGAAAAACCGCAGACGGAGGAAUCGUAAGAAACGAACAAAAAAGAGGACACCAGUUCCACAGCCUGUGACUACAGAAGAGCUGAAUGAGGCAGCAGAGGCUGAUCCUGCCGCAGGAAAAGUUGAGAUAGACUAUGUGACCGAGGAACCAGACAUCUAUGAUCCCAACUUUAUCUUCUUCAAGAGGAUAUUUCAGGCUUUUAAGCUGACAGAUGAUGUAAAGAAAGAGAAGGAGAAGGAGCCAGAGAAGGUCGAGAAGGUUGAACCAGCUGCUCCCAGAAAACGUUUUGAAGAGGAACAGAUGGACAGUGACAGCGACAGUGAUGGAGAGGAAAAAAAACUGGAUGCCCCUAAACUGUCUAAGAAGAAAAUGAGGCGAAUGAACAGGUUUACAGUGGCUGAACUUAAACAGUUGGUUUCUCGUCCAGACGUAGUAGAAAUGCAUGAUGUCACUGCACAAGACCCAAAACUCCUUGUCCACCUGAAGGGAACACGGAAUUCUGUCCCUGUUCCUCGUCAUUGGUGCUUUAAACGAAAAUACUUACAGGGUAAGCGUGGUAUUGAAAAACCCCCCUUCCAGCUUCCCGAAUUCAUCAAGAGAACAGGCAUUCAAGAAAUGAGGGAGGCACUUCAGGAAAAGGAGGAACAAAAGACCAUGAAGUCCAAAAUGAGAGAGAAAGUGCGACCGAAGAUGGGAAAAAUUGACAUAGAUUAUCAAAAACUUCACGAUGCGUUCUUCAAGUGGCAAAGUAAACCAAAGCUGACCAUCCACGGUGACUUGUACUAUGAGGGUAAAGAGUUUGAGACUCGUCUGAAAGAGAAGAAGCCAGGAGAUCUUUCAGAUGAAUUGCGAAUCACUCUGGGGAUGCCUGUUGGAUUAAAUUCACAUAAAGUUCCACCACCUUGGCUCAUUGCAAUGCAGAGGUAUGGACCACCACCUUCUUAUCCAAACCUAAAAAUUCCAGGACUAAAUUCUCCAAUCCCAGAGGGUUGUUCCUUUGGAUAUCAUGCCGGUGGGUGGGGAAAACCCCCAGUAGAUGAAAUGGGAAAACCUCUCUAUGGAGAUGUCUUUGGGACCAAUGCUUCAGACUUUCAGAAUAAGAAUGAAGAAGAAGAUAUAGAUAGGACACCUUGGGGAGAGUUGGAACUGUCCGACGAUGAAUCGUCCUCUGAAGAGGAAGAAGAAGAGAGUGAUGAGGAAAAACCAGAUGAGACUGGAUUUAUUACACCUGCUGAUAGUGGUUUAAUUACCCCAGGAGGAUUUUCAUCUGUCCCUGCUGGUAUGGAAACUCCAGAGCUGAUUGAAUUGAGGAAAAAGAAGAUUGAAGAGGCUAUGGAUGGAACGGAGACUCCUCAACUUUUUACAGUACUUCCAGAGAAGAGGACUGCUACUGUUGGUGGUGCCAUGAUGGGCUCCACACAUAUCUAUGAUAUUAACACGGCCAUGUCCCGUAGAGGGCCAUCCACUGAGCCACAAGGAGUAGAAGUAGCUUUGGCGCCUGAAGAACUGGAAAUGGAUCCAUCCGCCAUGACUCAGAAGUACGAGGAAAGAGUGAGGGAAGCACAGGAACAAGUGCAGAAAGAAGACUUCAGUGACAUGGUGGCUGAGCAUGCGGCUAAACAGAAGCAAAAGAAGAGGAAAGGUCAGCCACAAGACUCGCGUGCAGGCGGCAAGAAAUAUAAGGAGUUCAAAUUUUGAAUGUUCUAACCCCCUUAUCAACCACCUUCCCUUUUCACCCAUUCUUUUAUUUUUAAUAAAACCUGUUAAACUGUC